GCUCCUCCUGUUGCUGCUGCGCGCGCACUGAAGCGCUCCGGCAGCUCCUCCAGUCCGCUGGUGUCGCGGCUCCGGCGGCUCCGCUCCCUGAAGCAGAGGAAUGUGUCGUAUCGGACGGACUCGCUGACACUGCGCACUUUCUCUGUAUUGUCCCAGCGGAGGAUGGUGGCUGGCGGCUAGUUUCAACUUGGGACUCCCUGUUUUUUCGUUCCUUGGCGAAGCGCACUGAAAUCAGUUGGGCUCUUGAGAUGACAGAAGUGGAACCAGUGUUGGACUUUGCCUCCUCGGGUCGCUCGGGGAGGAGAAAUGCCCUGCCUGACAUCCUGGGCUCUCCGGCAGGUGUGAACCCUGGUGACCUGCCUCUGAAGCUGGCUGAGCUGUCCCUCAAAGAUGGUCCAGGCGGGGCCCAGUCACCCACGGGAGAGGAGCCCCCAGCGCCGCCGGAGGGCUCAGAAGGGAAAGAGGGAUCGUAGGGACACAUUUAUUUACCUCCUUGGAGACCUGCAGAGAUAACCUGAGAGAAAGGAUGAGGAAUGAGAUCAGAGGGCAACCUCUGGGAGAAUGAGUGAUGAUCUGUGGAGAGUCACUCUGUUUGUGAAGCAGCUGUGCCACCGAGGGACCGACUCUCAGAGGACUGGAGUCAGGAGCUUAGGACUGUUCGGAACUCAAAACUAUCUAAUAAGGGUCUCACUUAGUUCAGACCCGCUGAGUGUGUGAGUGUGUGCGUGUGUGUGUCUACAGGUGAUUUAUACCAUGGAUACGACACUGAGAAUCAAGCGGAUCGUGACAGAUUAUAUACUGUACACUACUAUUUUUAUAUGAUUUAUUUAAAACUACAGAAACCAGGAACAUGUUCCAUCUCCUUGCAUUUCCUCCUUAUUUUUGUUUUGUAGUGAUGUGUGUUGUUUUACAUUGACAGUGGUGGGAGUUGGACAGCAGCCUGUCGAAGCUUUUUAUCCCGCUCAAUGUAAACUGGUACACAACUUAAAAAAACUGAAAACUUUUUGUCUUGUCUUUCUCGUUUAGGGUUUCAUGCCUAAUGUUCAUGAUCUACUGUAUGUUUUUAACUCAGAGGCCGUUGUACAGUAUGUCUACACUGCAAGUGUGCAGUUUUUACCCCUCAUCACCAGACUGUUUUGAUCUAAACAACAACAACCAGGGAUUCCAUUAACCUUUUUUAGGUAUCCAUAUGGUCCAGUGUGAUAAUGUGGAAUCCAUUCAAUGUGGAGUCCAUAUCUUGACACAUUCCAUUAGAAAACAGUAUCCCACUGCCAACAAUAUACAUACUGCUUCAUUAUGACAUUAAGAAAAGAUGUCCAUAUGUUUUUGCUUAAGGCUGCUUUAUUUUCCAAACUUCUGAAAAUGUGCCUGGUGGCAGUUUACAACUGAAAACGUGUAUUGUGUUCUCUGUGAAGUACUGUUAUCUCCUAAUUUUGGGCUACUGAUAUUUCCUCAGUUUUUAUAGAAAGUGUCACCUUUACCGCUUUGACUGCAGAUGAAAGAAAAAAAAUAAAAACUGUCCUUCAGUCUGUCUGGAGAAAUGUUCAGUUUUGCAUCAACUUCAAGCUUUUGGAGUUUUUUGCGGCGGUAGCAGCAUAUGCCUGCUGCCUGGGCACAAGAGCAAGCAUCAAGCAACACCACCACAGACACAAUGUGUUUCAAGUGCUGAAAACGACCGCACGCUUGCCUUCUGCUUCUCCACACGGGGAAAAGUCUGUUCGCACUCAUCAACACAUAAGCAGAGCUGUGAAUAGGACGCAGGAUGGAGAGCGACAAGCAACAGCAACAACAGAGUCCACACUUUGCCAGCUAUCCACUCACUGCUACUGUGUAUAUACUGUGUUGUAGUAUAACUCCUGUGUGUCAUACAUGCUGCCUGUAUGAUAACCAGACUGUAUUUGCAAAGAAACGAUGUUCUGUAAUUGUCUCUAUUUGAAGAUGUGUUGCCAGUGGCCGUGUCUUUAUGUGGAUGUGUUUCACAAAUGCAACAAGGAAAGCCUGGUGUGCUCUGCGGCCUAGCCUCUGUUUUUAAUGCUGUACUACUACUACUAUAACAGGAAAGUGUUCAUGGUCGAUCUGAAACUGUAUGAUCAAUACUUUUUAGCGGUUGAUGAAUCAGAAGUGUAUUUUGUAGUGUCCUGAUCUCCUCAGUGGUGCAUAUAUUUUACUUAGCUGGACUGAAUCCUUUAUGUUGAUUCUAUCUGGUGGUAAAAAUUGCCAUAAUAAAUCCACAAGCUUUACAUAUA